AUGGGAAGCCAGCAAAUAAGAACACCACAGGCUCACACCCAGAGAGUCCAGCACUCUGCUCAGAGAGGCCAGCUUUCCGCCCAGAGAGGCCAGCACUCCGCCCAGACAGGCCAGCUUUCCGCCCAGAGAUGCCAGCACUCCGCCCAGACAGGCCAGCGCUCCACCCAGAGGCCAGCACUCCACCCAGAGAAGCCAGCACUCCGCCCAGAGAAGCCAGGACUCCGUCCAGAGAGGCCAGCGCUCCGUCCAGAGGCCAGCACUCUGCCCAGAGAAGCCAGCACUCCGCCCAGAGAAGCCAGCGCUCCACCCAGAGAAGCCAGCACACUGCCCAGAGAAGCCAGCACUCCGCCCAGAGAGCCCAGCACUCUACCCAGAGAGCCCAGCCAUCCUCCCAGAGAGAUCUUCACCUCACCCAGAGAGACCAUCCCCUCAACCAUAGACCCCAGCAACACUUCCCCAGUGACCAGUACUUCGCCCCGAGAGCCCAACUCUCCACCCAGAGAGUCCAGAAAUAUAAUUAUUAGAAAUACAACCUAUAAGAGCGCAUACAAAAUGUUUUCUCAGGACUCUUUUGUUGAAGAUGUGAAAAUGUAUGUUGGUCUGAUGUGUAUAAGGAGGAGAAUCCAGAUGCAGCACUUGGAGUAUUUGUAAAAUGAUUCUUGCCAGUUAACAAGCAUGCACCUGUUAAUAAACAAACUGUAAGAACUGUUAGAGCCCUCGAGAUUGAUGAUGAAUUGAAAAAGAUGAGAUGCAAAAAAGGUGGCAAACAAGUUCAGGCUGCUCAGGUUAUUGGUUGACAUACUGUCAGUUGAGACAUUUUGUGACUAAACUUAACAAAAAAUAAGAAAUUACUAAAACAAGAUAAAUAACAUAAAAGAAAGAUGGGAAAAGACUUUGGAGCACCUUAAAUGACUGUAUGGUCAGAAAACCCAAUUCGUCUCCAUUGUUCAUUGAAGUUGAUGGGUCAUUUAUAACAAAACCUUUUGAUAUAGCCAAUAAUUUCAAUGAAUAUUUCACUGGUAAAGUGGACAAACUGAGAAGCGAAAUGACAACAUUGAACAGUGAACCAUUAUUUGUGUAUUGAAGAUCUAAUAAUGAAAGAGAAGGAUUGCUGUUUGGAAUUUGGUCAGGUUUGUGUGGAAGAGGUGGAAAAACGAUUGUGUUUGAACAAAUACAAUGUUAUUUUUCAAAGAGCAAGCUAACUACUGACUUUCAGCAUGUAUAUAGGGAAGGGCACUCAACUUGUACUGCACUGACUCAGAUGACUGAUGAUUGGCUAAAAUACAUGGAUAAGAAGAUGACAGUUGGAGCUGUAUUGUUAGAUUUCAAUUCAGCCUUUUAUGUUAUUGAUCAUAAUUUGUUAUUGAAAAAACAAACUUGUUAUGGCUUUACAUCACCUGCCAUCACAUGGUUGGAAAGUUUACCUAUCCAAUAGAACUCAGAGAGUAUUAUUCAAUGGAAGCUUCUCUAACAUCAGAUAUGUACAAUGUGGUGUCCCUCAGGGUAGUUGCCUUGGGCUGUUACUCAUCUCUAUUUUUACAAAUGUUUUGCCACUUGUCUUACAAGAAGCUAAAAUGAUUAUGUAUGCUAAUGAAUGCACACUCUACACAUCAGCACCUUCAACCAGUGAGCUCAAGGAGACUCUUAGCAAGGAGUUACAGACAGUGUCAGAAUGAGAAAUUAACAAUAAACUGGUCUUAAAUACAUCUAAAAACAAAAGCGUUGUAUUUGGUUCAAAGCAUUCACUUAGACAUAAACCUCAACUGGAGUUGCGCAUAAAGGGUGUGACCAUUGAACAAGUUACAGAAGUUGAGCUCCUAGGAGUAACAUUGGAUAGUCAGUUAUCAUGGUCAAGUCAUAUUGACAAAGUUGUUGUAAAGAUGGGGAGAGGUGUGUCUGUUACAAAAAGUUCUGCAUUUUUGCACAAAGAUCAACUGUACUAGUUGUUCAGGCUCUGAUCUUUUCCCAUCUUGAUUACUGUCUGGUAAGAUGGUCAGGUGCAGCAAAGAAAGACCUAGCAAAGUUGCAGCUGGCUCAAAACAAAGCAGCACGCCUUGCUCUUAACUGCACACAUAGAACUAACAUCAACAACAUGCAUGACGGACUUUCAUGGUUAUUUCACUUAUAAUUCACUGUAUCACAAUUCCAGUGGAUCAGAAGUUUACAUACACUAAGUUGACUGUGCCUUUAAACAGCUUGGAAGUUCCAGAAAAUGAUGUUAUGGCUUUAGAAGCUUCUGAUAGGCUAAUUGACAUAUUUUGACUUAAUUGGAGGUGUACCUGUGGAUGUAUUUCAAGGCCUACCUUCAAACUCAGUGCCUCUUUGCUUGACAUCAUGGGAAAAUCAAAAGAAAUCAGCCAAGACCUCAGAAAAAUUAUUGUAGACCACCACAAGUCUGGUUCACGCUUGGGAGCAAUUUCCAAACGCCUGAAGGUACCAUGUUCAUCUGUACAAACAAAAUUACGCAAGUAUAAACACCAUGGGACCACGCAGCCGUCAUACCGCUCAGGAAGGAGACGCGUUCUGUCUCCUAGAGAUGAAUGUACUUUGGUGCGAAAAGUGCAAAUCAAUCCCAGAACAACAGCAAAGGACCUUGUGAAGAUGCUGGAGGAAACAGGUACAAAAGUAUCUAUAUCCACAGUAAAACUAGUCCUAUAUCGACAUAACCUGAAAGGCCGCUCAGCAAGGAAGAAGCCACUGCUCCAAAACCGCCAUAAAAAAGACAGACUACGGUUUGCAACUGCACAUGGGGACAAAGAUCGUACUUUUUGGAGAAAUGUCCUCUGGUCUGAUUAAACAAAAAUCCCAACCGUGAAGCACGGGGGUGGCAGCAUCAUGCUGUGGGGGUGCUUUUGCUGCAGGAGGGACUGGUGCACUUCACAAAAUAGAUGGCAUCAUGAGGAAGGAAAAUUAUGUGGAUAUAUUGAAGCAACAUCUCAAGACAUCAGUCAGGAAGUUAAAGCUUGGUCGCAAAUGGGUCUUCCAAAUGGACAAUGACCCCAAGCAUACUUCCAAAGUUGUGGCAAAAUUGCUUAAGGACAACAAAGUCAAGGUAUUGGAGUGGCCAUCACAAAGCCCUGACCUCAAUCCUAUAGAACAUUUGUGGGCAGAACUGAAAAAGCAUGUGCGAGCAAGGAGGCCUACAAACCUGACUCAGUUACACCAGCUCUGUCAGGAGGAAUGGGACAAAAUUCACCCAACUUAUGGGAAGCUUGUGGGAAGCUUGUGGAAGGCUACCCGAAACGUUUGACCCAAGUUAAACAAUUUCAACGCAAUGCUACCAAAUACUAAUUGAGUGUUUGUAAACUUUUGACCCACUGGGAAUAUGAUGAAACAAAUAAAAGCUGAAAUAAAUCAUUCUCUCUGCUAUUAUUCUGACAUUUCACAUUCUUAAAAUAAAGUGGUGAUCCUAACUGACCUAAUACAGGGAUUUUUUUACUAGGAUUAAUUGUCAGGAAUUGUGAAAAACUGAGUUUAAAUCUAUUUGGCUAAGGUGUAUGUAAACUUCCGACUUCAACUGUACCAUAAUGCAAAAACAGGUUUUUAGAAAGCUUUGCAAAUGUAUUAAAAAUAAAAAAGUAUUCAGACCCUUUACUCAGUACUUUGUUGAAGCAACUUUGGCAGUGAUUACAGCCUCGAGUCUUCUUGGGUAUGACGCUACAAGCUUGGCAAACCUGUUUUGGGGAGUUUCUCCCAUUGUUCUCUGCAGAUCCUCUCAAGCUCUGUCAGGUUGGAUGGGGAGCAUUGCUGCACAGCUAUUUUCAGGUCUGUCCAGAGAUGUUCGAUCGGGUUCAAGUCCGGGCUCUGGCUGGGCCACUCAAGGACAUUUAGAGACUUGUCCCGAAGCCACUCCUGCAUUGUCUUGGCUGUGUGCUUAGGGUCGUUGUUCUGUUGGAAGAUUAACCUUUGCCCCAGUCUGAGGUCCUGAGCGCUCUGGAGCAGGUUUUCAUCAAGGAUCUAAGGCCUGAUUGGUGGAGUGCGGCAGAGAUGGUUGUCCUUCUGGAAGGUUCUCCCAUCUCCACAGAGGAACUCUAGAGCUCUGUCAGAGUGACCAUCAGGUUCUUGGCCACCUCCCUGACCAAGGCCCUUCUCCCCCGAUUGCUCAGUUUGGCCGGGCGGACAGAUCUAGGAAGAGUCUUCAUGGUUCCAAACUUCUUCCAUUUCAGAAUGAUGGAGGCCACUGUGUUCUUGGGGACCUUCAAUGCUGCAGACAUUUUUUGGUACCCUUCCCCAGAUCUGUGCCUCGACACAGUCCUGUCUCGGAGCGUUACGGACAAUUCCUUCGACAUUAUGGCUUGGUUUUUCCUCUGACAUGCACUGUCUACUGUGGGACCUUAUAUAGACAGGUGUGUGCCUUUCCAAAUCAUGUCCAAUCAAUUGAAUUUACCACUGGUGGAACUCAAUCAAGUUGUAGAAACAUCUCAAGGGUGAUCAAUUGAAACAGGAUGCACCAGAGCACAAAUUUCAUAGCAAAGGGUCUGAAUACUUAUGUAAAUAAGGUAUUUCUGUUUUUUAUUUUUCGCUUUGACAUUAUGGGGUUUUGUGUGUAGAUUGCUGAGGAUUAUUUUUUUUAAAAUCCAAUUUAGAAUAAGGCUGUAACGUAACAAAAUGUGGAAAAAGUCAAGGGGACUGAAUACUUUCUGAAGGCACUGUAUAGAGCCAUGUCAUCGUGGAAUGCUCUGCCACCGGAGGUUACUCAGGCAAAAAGUUUAGCUUAAAAAACUGAAAAAAACAUAUUGAAUCACAGCGCCUCUGUUCUUUCUAAAGAUCUAAUUUAACUCUAUAUAAGAAUAUGAAUAUGUAUGAAUAGUGUGUAAACAGUAUUUUUGUUGUCUCUUGUGUCUUUCCAAUAUAUAAUUCUUAUUUUAUAUACAUAUUUUUUUAUGUUUUAUAUACACUACCAGUCAAAAGUUGACACACCUACUCAUUCAAGGGUUUUUCUUUAUUUGUACUAUUUUCUACAUUGUAGAAUAAUAGUGAAGAAGUCAAUACUAUGAAAUAACACAUAUGGAAUCAUAUAGUAACCAGAAAAGUGUUAAACAAAUCAAAAUAUAUUUUAGAUUUUAGAUUCUUCAAAGUAGCCACCCUUUGCCUUGAUGACAGCUUUGCACACUCUUCACAUUCUCUCAACCAGCUUCAUGAGGUAGUCACCUGGAAUGUUUUUCCAACCGUCUUGAAGGAGUUCCCAUAUAUGCUGAGCAGUUGUUGGCUGCUUUUCCUUCACUCUGCUGUCCAACUCAUCCCAAACCAUCUCAAUUGGGUUGAGCUCGGGUGAUUGUGGAGGCCAGGUCAUCUGAUGAAUCACUCCAUUACUCUCCUUUUUGGUCAAAUCGGAUCACUGUCCUGUUGAAAAACAAUUGAUAGUCCCACUAAGCACAAACCAUCGCUGCAGAAUGCUGUGGUAGCCAUGCUGGUUAAGUGUGCCUUGAAUUCUAAAUAAAUCACAGACAGUGUCACCAGCAAAACACCCCCACACCAUCACACCUCCUCCUCCAUGCUUCACGGUGGGAACCACACAUGCGGAGAUCAUCCGUUCACCUACUCUGCGUCUCACAAAAACACGGCGGUUGGAACCAAAAAUCUCAAAUUUGGACUCAUCAGACCAAAGGACAGAUUCCCACCGGUCUAAUGUCCAUUGCUCGUGUUUCUUGGCCCAAGCAAGUCUCUUCUGUUGGUGUCCUUUAGCAGUGGUUUCUUUGCAGCAAUUCAAUCAUUCAACGCAGUCUCCUCUGAACAGUUGAUGUUGAGAUUUGUCUGUUACUUGAACUCUGUGAAGCAUUUAUUUGGGCUGCAAUCUGAGGUGCAGUUAAUUGCCGAUUUUCUGAGGCUGGUAACUCUAAUGAACUUAUCCUCUGCAGCAGAGGUAACUCUGGGUCGUCCUUUCCUGUGGCAGUCCUCAUGAGAGCCAGUUUAAUCGUAGCGUUUGAUGGUUUUUGCGACUGCACUUGAAGAAACGUUAAAAGUUCUUGACAUUUUCCGUAUUGACUGACCUUCAUGUCUUAAAGUAAUGACGGACUGUCGUUUCUCUCUGCUUAUUUGAGCUGUUCUUGCCAUAAUAUGGACUUGGUCUUUUACCAAAUAGGGCUAUCUUCUGUAUACCACCCCUACCUUGUCAUAACACUACUGAUUGGCUCAAACGCAUUAAGAAGGAAAGAAAUUCCACAAAUUAACUUUUAACAAGGCACACCUGUUAAUUGAAAUGCAUUCCAGGUGACUACCUCAUGAAUCUGGUUGAGAGAAUCCCAAGAGUGUGCAAAGCUGUCAUCAAGGCAAAGGGUGGCUACUUUGAAGAAUCUCAAAUAUAAAAUAUAUUUUGAUUUGUUUAUCACUUUUUUGGUUACAACAUGAUUCCAUAUGUGUUAUUUCAUAGUUUUGAUGUCUUCACUAUUAUUCUACAAUGUAGAAAAUAGUAAAAAUAAAGAAAAACCCUUGAAUGAGUAGGUGUGUCCAUACUUUUGACUGGUACUGUAUAACAUAUAUAUAUUUGAUUUUAUUAUAUAUAUAUUUUGUUUUUGUUUUGUUACUGUAAUGUCCUUGUCUAUAACUGUUCUGUAUUUUGUCAUGUAUUUGUAAAUUUUAUGUGGACCCCAGGAAAAGUAGCUGCUGCAUGUGCAGUAGCUAAUGGGGAUCCUAAUAAACUAAACUAAAACUAAACAGACAGGGAGACAGACUGUGUUACAACCAAUCUCCCUCAUGGUCAUCCAUCAAUUCUAAACUAUGGCAGUGAGAGAGAUGUGUAUUGAAAAUAAGAAUGUGGAAUGUUUAUGCCGCCCCCAUGAUAUCGUAACAGGCAGACAGAGAGAGAGAGAGAAACACCCACUCACAGACAGUACACACUAACUAAAAACACAGCCAAGCUGCAACCUCUAAGCAUACUGUUUAGGAUAGGGGCAGGGAUAGAAAAGACAAAUAGAUGGAGAGAGAAGAAAGAGAGAGAGAGAGCGAGAAAGAGAAAGAGAAAGAGAGCGAGAGUGAAGGAAAGAGAAAAAGCGAGAGAGAUAACCAAGGUAAUGAAGAGGUUGAUAUGCCUGCACUGCUGUGACACUUCCUAGUUGUGUUUUAGAGGGACAAAAUUAACAAUAAUUAGAGAUUAAUAUCAAUGAUUAAAUGUUUCUAUAAAUGAUUAUUCCAGUAAUUAGAAUCAGCAGGAUGUAAUAUGCUGCAGUAUUAAUUUUUUACAUGCACAUCAAGUUGUGAUCACACUAUGUUCUCUCCUCUGUAAUGAGAUAUACAGCCUUCAGUCUACCCAGGUAUCCUGGUUUACACCAUUUUGGUAUGAGGAGAGAACAUGGGAUGACUCACUGUUCACGCGACGUGAUUAGAGAGCUGGAUCCCUACUCCUUUAAUGAAUUGAUUUUUCCACAAGGAAAGAAUGAAAAUGCCCUGUUGCAGGGAAAAAAGACUGACCUUCAAGGGGAUUUGGGGAUUUGCGAUGGUAUUAGACAGAGAGACGAUGGCAGAUGUAUUUACUAAAAUACCACAUUACUAAAAGACCACAGUCAAAAUAUGGUUGUAGGCAGGGCCGGUUCCAGGCAUAAGCGACAUAAGCAGUCGCUUAGGGCCCCCUCUCAACUCUCAACUUAAUGUUGAGAGUAAGAAUAGUACAAUGAAUACACCAGGUGCAAUUUUCAAAAUGUGGUUGUGCAUCAGCAGUUUUUCUCUUGUUAUGUCAGUCACUGACAGUCACAAAAUUAGCCAUGUCAGCUAACAAUUUUUAGAUUGGUAGUUAGUCUAGCCAGCAAUUUAAACUUGCAGUAAUCCUGUUUGAAUACAGACCGGGCAUGCAGGGCACGUGCCCAGGGGCCCUGACCUCCAGGGGGCCCCCACUGAUUUAGUUAUUAAUUCUCACUCAAGUCAUUACAAAAUGUGUAGAUUGCAGGAAAGUUCUUUAAAACUGCAAAAAUGUCUCUCCAUCCCAUGGAUAUAUUUUUUGAAUUACAGGAAAUUAGCUGUAAAAAUGAAAAAUGUUCUCUCUGCCCCAUGGCAAAAUGUGUAGAAUUGCAUGAAAUGUGCCAUAAAAUUUAAAUAUUUUCUCUAUGCCCCAUGGCAAAAUGUGUAGAAUUGCAGAAAAUAAACUUUAAAACUAAAAUGUCUCUCUCCACCAUGAAGAGGGGGGCCACUAAAAUGUUUUGUCGUGAGGCUAGAGCCGGCCCUGGUUGGGAGGAAGGCAGGGAAAGGCUAGGUUGUAGGAAAUGAAAUGAAAUAUAAAACUAAUAACAAUGGCAUUGUAAACCCCAGUGAAUAGACAGUGGAUGUCUGAUGUCUGCUAUUAAGAACUAGUGAAGUCUCAUCAUCAUCAUAAUUUGUAAUCUCUCUAAGUUACAUGUUGAGAUCAACAACCAUAUGUCUAUCAGCUCAUGUCCUUAGGAAAGCAUGGUCUAUUGUAAAGGACAUGACAUUGUCUUUUGUCCACAGUGGCUGAAGCAUAGCAGGUUAAACCAAACCAUAGUAAGUCGCUACGCUAGCUCCUGCCCCAGCCUCACGCUUGUGGUUGAAGAUAUAAAUCUUCUGGGGCACGGAUUCACCUCUAACUAACCACAUUUGUGGACAAUUUACAGUGGUGGAUCUCUGUUAAAACCCACCAAUAAAUGAAUCUAGGGAGUGUGGGGCUGGAUGGCUGCAGGUUGCCAGGCCCAAGAUAAAUUCCUGCGAGGUUCUGGUAAUCUUAAUCCUCAAUAAUCAAGGUCAGCAGAGUCAAGGCAAAGAGUUAGAGCACAGACAUGUCGGGCCUGGGGCUAAAGAAAAAUCCUCCAACCUAUAUUUCUCUAGUCUCAUUUCUAACUCUCUGUUUAUUAACUCAGGGUAUAGCCAGGAUGAGAGUCUAA